GUAUGUUUAAGGUUACAUGCUCUCAUCUCACCACCUAUUAUUUAUCAAAUAGAAAUAGUAAAAUAUCAGUGCUAACUGUGGCUAAUUUUCUUUUUGUUCUUUUCAUACUUAAAGAACAUCUGAAACUUUUUUGAAUUGAGUAAAUGGAUCUUAAAAAUGAAUCUGUAGUGGUUGAGUUUAUUUUUCUAGGCUUUUCUGGGCCAUGGAAAAUUCAGAUUUUCUUCUUUGUGACAUUUUCCUUGAUCUACGGUGCAACUGUUAUGGGGAAUAUUCUCGUUAUGGCCACAGUGACAUUUAGCUCCACCCUUCGUUCUCCCUUGUACUUCCUCCUUGGAAACCUCUCUUUUUUGGACAUGUGUCCCUCCACGGUCACCACACCCAAGAUGAUCACAGACUUGCUCGCUGCACACAAGACCAUUUCCUUGUGGGGCUGCAUGGCCCAGAUGUUCUUUGUGCACUUCUUUGGGGGUGCUGAGAUGACUCUUCUGAUAGCCAUGGCCUUUGAGAGGUAUGUUGACAUAUGUAAACCUCUGCACUACAGGACAAUAAUGAGCCCCAGGCUGCUGAGUGGGUUUGUGAUACUUUCAUGGACAAUUGGUUUUAUUCACACCAUGAGCCAAAUGAUAUUAAAAAUGAACUUGCCUUUCUGUGGCCACAAUAGCGUAGACAACAUAUUUUGUGACCUUCCCCUUGUGAUCAAGCUUGCUUGUAUUGAAACAUAUACCCUGGAAUUAUUUGUCAUUGCUGAUAGUGGACUGCUCUCAUUUAUCUGUUUCAUCCUCCUUCUUGUCUCCUACACUGUCAUUCUGGUCACAGUACGACAAAAGUCAUCUGGAGGGCUUGCCAAGGCUCUGUCUACAUUGUCUGCUCACAUCAUUGUGGUCACUCUGUUCUUUGGACCUUGUAUCUUUAUCUGUGCCUGGCCAUUCAGUAGUUUUACAGGAAAUAAAAUCCUUGCUGUAUUUUACACUGUUAUUACACCCUUACUGAAUCCUCUUAUUUAUACCCUGAGAAAUCAAAAAAUGCAAGAAGCCAUGAAAAAAUUAUGGUCCCAAUAUGUUAGCUCCACGUAG